GCAAGUGGCUGCAGGUGGCGACGGUGGCGGGGGGUGGGGCGUGAGGUAGUCCCGGGGCCGCGGAGGGAAGGGCUGAGCGGCUCGAAGGGAAACUAGCGCUGCAGUCUGGCCUACUGGUCCGGGGGCCGCGGAGCCCCCGCCGGCGAGAUGGACCUCAACCGGAUCAUCCAGGCGCUGAAGGGCACCAUCGACCCGAAGCUGCGGAUCGCAGCUGAGAACGAGCUCAACCAGUCCUACAAGAUCAUCAAUUUUGCCCCCAGUUUGCUUCGGAUUAUAGUCUCUGACCAUGUGGAGUUCCCAGUUCGCCAGGCAGCUGCCAUUUACUUGAAGAAUAUGGUGACACAGUACUGGCCAGACCGAGAACCUCCACUGGGAGAAGCAGUAUUUCCAUUCAACAUUCAUGAAAAUGAUCGCCAGCAAAUACGUGAUAACAUUGUGGAAGGAAUAAUUCGGUCUCCGGAUUUAGUGAGAGUCCAGUUGACAAUGUGUCUCCGCGCCAUCAUUAAGUACGAUUUCCCUGGUCACUGGCCAGCGGUAGUGGACAAGAUAGACUAUUACCUGCAGUCUCAGAGCAGCGGAAGCUGGCUUGGCAGUUUAUUGUGUCUGUAUCAGCUGGUGAAGACAUAUGAAUACAAGAAAGCAGAGGAAAGAGAACCUCUUAUAGCAGCAAUGCAAAUAUUUCUGCCUCGCAUUCAACAGCAAAUCAUGCAGCUCCUUCCCGAUUCCUCACAUUACUCUGUUUUACUACAGAAACAGAUUCUGAAAAUCUUCUAUGCACUUGUUCAGUACGCGUUGCCUCUCCAGUUGGUGACUAACCAAACCAUGACAGUGUGGAUGGAGAUCUUUCGAACUAUUAUUGACAGGACAGUUCCUCCCGAGACCCUGCAAAUCGAUGAGGAUGAUAGACCAGAACUAGUCUGGUGGAAGUGUAAGAAGUGGGCUCUGCACAUUGUAGCCCGUCUUUUUGAACGCUAUGGAAGCCCAGGAAAUGUCACAAAAGAAUAUUUUGAAUUUUCUGAAUUCUUUUUGAAAACCUAUGCAGUGGGAAUUCAGCAGGUACUACUAAAAAUUUUAGACCAGUACAGACAGAAAGAGUACGUAGCGCCUCGUGUUCUUCAGCAAGCCUUCAACUACCUCAACCAAGGGGUGGUUCAUUCAGUGACGUGGAAGCAGAUGAAGCCGCACAUACAGAAUAUCUCUGAAGAUGUGAUUUUCUCUGUGAUGUGUUACAAAGACGAGGAUGAAGAGCUGUGGCAGGAGGACCCGUAUGAGUACAUAAGGAUGAAAUUUGAUAUUUUUGAAGAUUAUGCUUCUCCUACCAUAGCUGCCCAGACGCUCUUGUAUACCGCUGCGAAGAAAAGGAAAGAGGUGUUGCCAAAAAUGAUGGCGUUCUGUUACCAAAUCCUAACAGACCCAAACUUCGACCCUAGGAAGAAAGAUGGGGCCCUGCAUGUGAUUGGUUCCCUAGCUGAUAUUUUAUUGAAGAAGAGUUUAUUCAAGGACCAAAUGGAGUUGUUGCUGCAGAAUCACGUCUUCCCGUUACUGUUGUCUAACCUGGGGUAUCUUCGAGCUAGAUCCUGUUGGGUACUUCAUGCGUUCAGUUCUUUGAAGUUUCAUAAUGAGCUCAAUCUAAGAAAUGCAGUUGAACUAGCAAAGAAGAGCCUGAUUGAAGAUAAGGAGAUGCCUGUCAAAGUCGAGGCCGCCCUUGCUCUCCAGUCAUUAAUUUCCAACCAGACUCAAGCUAAGGAGUAUAUGAAGCCACAUGUGAGGCCUAUUAUGCAGGAGCUAUUGCAUGUUGUUAUAGAGACAGAAAAUGAUGAUGUAACUAAUGUUAUCCAGAAGAUGAUAUGUGAAUACAGUCAAGAAGUAGCCUCAAUUGCUGUUGAUAUGACCCAACAAUUGGCAGAGAUAUUUGGCAAAGUUCUUCAAAGUGAUGACUAUGAAGAAGUGGAAGACAAAACAGUGAUGGCCAUGGGAAUUUUACACACCAUUGACACUGUCUUGACAGUUGUUGAAGACCAUAAAGAGGUUACUCAGCAGUUAGAGAAUAUCUGUCUACGGAUCAUUGAUCUCGUUUUACAGAAACAUGUAAUUGAAUUCUAUGAAGAAAUUCUCUCACUGGCUUAUAGUUUAACCUGCCACGGUAUUUCCCCUCAAAUGUGGCAGCUUCUAGGAAUAUUAUACGAGGUUUUUCAGCAGGAUUGUUUUGAAUACUUUACAGACAUGAUGCCUCUCCUGCAUAAUUAUGUGACAAUAGAUACAAAUACUUUACUAUCAAAUCCAAAGCAUUUAGAAAUACUUUUCACAAUGUGUAGAAAGGUGCUGUGUGGAGAUGCAGGGGAAGAUGCAGAAUGCCAUGCUGCCAAACUUCUUGAAGUCAUCAUUCUUCAGUGCAAAGGGAGAGGAAUCGAUCAGUGCAUUCCACCCUUUGUUCAGCUUGUUUUGGAGAGAUUAACCCGAGGGGUCAAAACCAGCGAGCUCCGUACUAUGUGUCUUCAGGUUGCAAUUGCCGCCCUGUACUAUAACCCCGAUUUGCUGCUGCAUACCUUAGAGAGAAUCCAGUUGCCUCACAACCCUGGGCCUGUAACUGUACAGUUCAUAAAUCAGUGGAUGAAUGAUACAGAUUGUUUUCUUGGGCAUCAUGACCGGAAGAUGUGUAUCAUAGGACUGAGUAUCCUCUUGGAAUUGCACAACCGACCUCCUGCGGUAGAUGCUGUGGGGGGACAGAUCGUGCCCUCCGUUCUUUUCCUCUUCCUUGGACUGAAGCAGGUCUGUGCUACUAGACAACUGGUAAACCAGGAAGAUCGCUCAAAAGCAGAGAAAACUGACACAGAAGAAAAUGAGGAGAUUUCAAGUGAUGAAGAGGAGGCGAAUGUAACUGCUCAAGCAAUGCAGUCGAAUAAUGGAAGAGGUGAAGAUGAGGAGGAAGAUGAUGACGACUGGGAUGAGGAAGUAUUGGAAGAAACUGCCCUUGAGGGAUUCAGCACUCCACUUGACCUUGACAAUAGUGUGGAUGAAUAUCAGUUUUUUACCCAAGCUCUGCUAGCUGUGCAGAGUCGGGACGCCGCCUGGUACCAGGUGCUGAUGGCCCCGCUGAGCGAGGAUCAGAGGCGCGCUCUGCAGGAGGUGUUCACACUGGCCGAGCACCGGAGGACGGUGGCAGAGGCAAAGAAGAAAAUUGAACAACAGGGAGGCUUCACCUUUGAGAAUAAAGGAGUCCUCUCUGCGUUUAACUUUGGGACUAUGCCCAGCAACAACUGAAAGAUGGAAUAUCAACCGACCAAGAUCAAGCGUCAGCGGGAUAUUUCUCUUGGCCAGGGGAAUGCGGGCGUCAAGGGGAGGGAGGGCUGGAGUGGCCAGGUGGUGCCCCGCUGCUGUGCUAGUUACUGCCUGGCAGAGGGCAGUACUUUUAUCCACUCUCACCUCUGACCUUCCUCACCCCGAAAUAUGUAUUUUAAGCAGCUACUGUAUGAAAUUAAAGGAAAACAUAAUCAUUGGACUGAAAAGGACACAUCAUAUGCUUUAAAGGAUGAACGACCAAGGUGGUUUAGCGGAUUGGAUUAAUUGCACGUCUCAGGUUUUUGCCACGCAGAAUCAGUGGAUUUGUGCGGAUAACAGUGCCUUCUGUUGUACAUGAGUUAUCUGAAAACAUUUUUUUGGAGUGCGUUGCGAUUUUUUUUAAAGCAUAAAACAUAUUUCUAGAUAUAAUGUAAACCUUGGUGAUAUGUUUGACUUAUUCUGCAUUUUACUAUGUGAACUUACUGUUAGGCAGUUAACUACAAGUCACUCUGGUUUCAAAAACAUCACCACUCCCCUUGCUCACCCGGCUGCUGGGGCUUUCUUCAGGGGCUGUAACAUGUGCACUGGCUCUGGGUUCUCAUUGAGCUGUUCUGUGGCUUUCCUAGUAGUGUCUUAUUUCCUCUUCCUUCGUGCUUUUCAGCCCUGAAAGGGUGGUAUUUCUUUUGGAGUCAGCAGAUAUGAGUAUCAGUGUCACUCAUAACCUGGUAAGUUCAGGACUCAAAAAUUCUUGGCAGGGCUCUGUUUAGUCACUGGAAUUAAUAAGCUCAAGUGUUUUCUGAAUCAUGUAUUUGAUUAUGCAAUGAAUUGACCAUUAUAUGAAAGCACAUUGAACUUCUAGGAGAAAGGUGCUACAUGAGCACAUUGUCUUUCUGGGCGGGGGCUUGCAUGUUUAAUAAUUUACCAUUCCAGCUCUAUUAGACCUGGGGCCAAAAUAUUUUGUAACAAUGGUUUUUAUCUAGGAAAAAGACCCAAAUCUAACUUCGUGCAUUCUCAUACAUCUGAAUUUCCUCCUGCCUGAUUCAUUCUAGUCUUCAUUACAGCUCACGUUAUAGCCCUUAUGUUUUUCUGAGUUGGCGCCAUCAGUCGGCCGCACUCUUAGAUGGUACUAAUGUGAUGUGGCCCAUCCGAAGGAUUGCAGAUGGAAGUAACAGCUGUUUUUCUGAGCUGAUUCAGGACCAGCACAUGGUGAUCAUAGUGCUUUCAUUCAGUAAAGUGGAAGUGUAUUUUCAGAACUUGAUCUGUUACUGUGUGUGGUACGGUUUUCCGUUUUUGUGAAAUGUCUGCAGCUUGUGUGCCCGUCAGUGACUGGAGGAAUUUUCUCCAGGUGCUCCUGUCGUACCAUCUCUUACUAAUGCUAACUUGCUUUAGAAUUUCAGGUUAUUUCAGUAGUUUUUACAGGAGUAGUCUAAGAAGUUAUGGGUUUCAGAGUUGAAUGAUCCUCUGAUUUCCUCUGUCCCUCUGUUCCCAAGGCACUGAGGGCGAAUGUGCCAGCUGGUGGCCAGAAGAGAACAGUGGCAUUGGGGGACAGUUUAGCUGUCUUAAGCUUUGAAACUCUUCUUAUUCUACCCCUGCCCCACACCUUUUAAUUUUAACCUAAAUAGUAUGCCUUCACACUGGACUGUAAAAGGCACGUGACUUUUAUUUUGUGAGGUAUUGUCUUCUGCAGUAUGAAAGGGAAGUAAUGUUAAUGUGUAUCAUCCUAUCUUGUUUUUGAAGCCAGGGUAGUUGUGUAAUUUUGUUACCAGCAGUGCUAACCUGAAUGUGAUCUCUUUACUUGGGAAAUGCAGGAACUUCCAUGAAUGUACUGUAAAGUAAAAUGCGGACUGAUUCCAGGAUGCUGAA